AUGCCUCUCCGUCCUCGUCAUGGCGUUGCCUUCCCAGCUCACGCUUACCAACAACGUCAUAUAGAGUCUCAUGACCGCCAUCCCAGCUACCAGCCCAAGGUCCGCAUCACCGAUCGCUAUCGCAUCGUCGGCUUCAUCAGCUCCGGUACCUAUGGCCGCGUCUACAAGGCCGUCGGUCGCGGCGGCAAACCCCCCGGUGAAUUCGCCAUCAAGAAGUUCAAGCCCGACAAGGAGGGUGAGCAGAUCAGCUAUACCGGUAUCUCUCAGAGCGCUAUCCGUGAGAUGAGCCUGUGCAGUGAGCUAAGUCAUGGCAACGUCAUCCGACUUUGCGAAAUCAUGCUGGAGGACAAGUGUAUUUUCAUGGUCUUCGAAUAUGCCGAGCACGACUUGCUGCAAAUCAUCCACCAUCACACCCAGCAGCCACGCCACCCCAUCCCUCCCGCCACCGUCAAGAGCAUCAUGUUCCAGCUCCUCAAUGGCUGCCAGUACCUCCACACCAACUGGGUCCUACAUCGCGAUCUCAAGCCUGCCAACAUCAUGGUGACAUCGUCCGGCGAAGUCAAAAUCGGCGACCUCGGCCUGGCCCGGCGAUUCGACAAACCUUUGCAUUCCCUGUUUAGCGGCGAUAAGGUGGUCGUGACGAUUUGGUACCGCGCUCCCGAACUCAUCCUUGGAUCCUAUCACUACACUCCCGCCAUUGACAUGUGGGCCAUUGGCUGCAUCUUCGCCGAGCUGCUGUCUUUGCGACCUAUCUUCAAGGGGGAGGAGGCUAAGAUGGACAGCAAGAAGACGGUUCCCUUCCAGCGCAACCAGAUGCAGAAGAUUGUCGAGAUUAUGGGUGUACCGACCAAAGACCGGUGGCCACUCCUACCCACCAUGCCCGAAUACAACCAACUCAACACCCUCGCCAAUUCCAUGGCCUCAUCCCACCAUCACCAUAAUCAUCACGGUCACCACCACGGCCAUUAUGGGGGCCGUGGUCAACAACCUCCUAGCGCCUCCAACCUCGAGAAGUGGUACUACAGUACCAUAUCCCACUCCGGUGGGCCCGGUUCCAACGGCUCUGCUCCGCUGUCAUCUCUAGGUGCAGAGGGAUACAAGCUCCUUGCUGGGCUGCUCGAGUACGAUCCUACCAAGCGUCUCACGGCUGCCCAGGCGCUGCAGUCGCCUUUUUUCAGCACAGGCGACCGUGUCAGUGCCAACUGCUUCGAGGGGGUGAAGAACGAAUACCCUCAUCGUCGCGUGAGCCAGGACGAUAACGACAUUCGGACGAGCAGCCUGCCAGGGACUAAGCGAAGUGGCCUCCCUGAUGACUCUCUCGUAAGGCCAUCGAAGCGGGUCAAGGAGUAG